ACCAAACGCACAUAGCUCUGUAUACUACUACGAAUUGCAAGGAGCGACUGGUGAAUUUAAAGGCAGAAUACAUGUUCUGCGAUCGCCACGCCACCUAGUAGUGCCAAAUCAGGUCCCAGGCAGCCCUGUUGGGUAUCCGAAAAGACACAGUACAAGUCCAGUAGAUCUAGACUGAGUACACAGCGUACACAGCGCAACGCCGAGCCUCACAUCACUUCCCAUUGAGAUUCUCUACCGGACCAUCCGUUACAUAGAUCCAGACGAGCUCGAAGAGGUACGGCUCGUAUGUCGUUCCCUAAACGAGAUCAGCAAACCACAGAUUUUUGAAUGCUGGGAAGUUGUGCCAUCAGAGAGGAGCUGCGACCAUUUUACUGAGGUCGUUGAGCAUGAUUGUGUACAACAUGUGAAAAAAGUCUUUUUCAACCUGGGGAUACUCUUUGGUGUUAGUUUCCCUUCCCUGUAUAUCUUUUGGGCAAGGAAACUAGCAUCUGCACCCAGUUUUUAGGUUAUCAUAGGCUCAAGUUCCCCUAUGGGAUCCCGGAUGAGAAUGACGGAAAACCCUUUCGCCAAUGCGUAGAGCUUUUUCAUCGUCUAAAGGAGCUUCCACGACUCCAGAGCGUGGCACUUCGCUUCGCAGGGGGCAUUGGAAAUUGGACUAUGUCUAAGACGCUGGAAUGCCGCUCAGUCAUGAUCAAUGAGUUCAUGUCGGCGAUUGCAGCACUACCUGAGCCACCACGAGAACUCAUUUUUCAAAGAUUCAUGGAUGUGAACGAGCCCAACCCCGACGUGGCGGAGAACAUCCAGAAUGUCCUAAAGAAUCUGCGUUCGCUCCGCCUAGGCCUCGCCCAUUAUGGCCACAAAAGCUUAGGGUCUUCUCCACACAAAGCCGAAACCCAGCGUUUCUUUUCCACAAUGCCGUCCUUCUGGCUGAAGCCCACUCUCCAAAAUUUAGAAAAGCUCAGCCUUGGCCAUCUUGAUUUCUGGGGCUACUACCCAAAGCUCGAUCUCCGUGGUGUACAUUUCCCGCAAUUGAGGAUUCUCGAAUUGACCAGAUAUACUUUCGUCCACGACUCCCAGCUAGACUGGAUCCUCAGUCACCGCAACACUCUCACCGAACUCAACUUGUAUGAGUGCGCCAUCGUCUGGAAUAUCAAGGAAACAGACAAUAAAGAAAUGGCCUACCUGGAUCUGGAUAGUUACACGACCCGUACUGGAACACGGCGAAGUCGCUACGCAACUUACGAUAAACGAUGGCACGAUUAUUUCAAAUCUUUCCAAGACCUGCCGCACCUCCGGCGUUUCCAAUACGCGGGUGAUGAAGGAUAUACUCCAUUCGAAGAGGAGGAACCCACCGAGUUAGGUAUGCACCAAGCAAGCUACAUGCUUUAUAGGUCAAAUGGUUAUGAAGAACCAUUUUUGUACCGUGAAGACUCGGGGCGCGACCUGAACUACGUGACGCAAUGGAUAAUAGAGGAUGAGAAUGGCUUGGAGGAGCUCUAUGCGAAGCUAUGUAUACGUGCUCGAUCAUGAGGAAAAGGUAAGACGUGCUCAGAAAAUCUCAGGCGAGCGGAGGUCCACCUCACCGUAAUGUAUUUCCAAAUAAAAACCACCAUAUCAG